AGAGAAGAGAGGGGGGAGGGAAAAGGGCAGAGGGGGAGUUCAACUGUAAGGCGAAAAAUUCCAAAAAAAUCAAAGGGGGAUGGAUCCAGACGCGUUAUCGAAAGCAUUCGUGGAACAUUACUACUCAACAUUCGACACAAAUCGGGUUGGGUUGGGUAACCUGUACCAGGAUGCUUCAAUGUUGACUUUUGAAGGUCAAAAGAUCCAAGGGUCAGCAAACAUCGUCGCCAAGCUAACUUCCCUUCCUUUCCAGCAAUGUAAACAUAACAUCACGACCGUUGAUUGCCAGCCAUCUGGUCCCGCUGGUGGUAUGCUUGUUUUCGUUAGUGGUAAUCUUCAACUCGCCGGUGAACAACACGCUCUUAACUUCAGCCAGAUGUUCCAUUUGAUGCCUACACCACAAGGAAGCUUUUAUGUUUACAAUGACGUAUUCCGCCUGAACUAUGCAUGAGGAGAGGUGUGUCCUUACAACUACAGUGUGUUGGUUAAACACAAAACGUGCUUGUCAACAUUUGUUUACCUUUUCGUGUUAAAAUAUUUUAAAUCAUUUGAAUGCUGCUUUGCCUUUCCCUCCUUGAUAACAAGGAAAUGGUGUUUCUUGCUAAGAAAUAUCCUUAUGACUAGCUAUAUUGAUUGUCUGAUAUUUGUAAUUGGAUGGAUUGGUUGUAUAUGGCAGAUUGGCAUCUUAAAAAUGUCGAUUAAAAAUUUAAAAUUGAGCUA